AUGAACAAGAGAGCAUUUCACAGAAACAAGAAAAAAAAAAAAACAUUAGCUCAGCAAACAGAGCACUGCCACCCCUCUUCCAAAAAUUCCAAAUCUCACAGCCUCUUGGCUGAUCUGCACAAGUUUGUUCCGGUCUCUCUGUGUGAAGGGAUACACUGCAGUGAGAAGCCAUUUCUAACUGUAUCAGACCUAAAAAUGGAGAAAUCAAUCUGCCUCCUUUUGCUUAUUCUUUCCUUUGGAUAUCUGUUUCACCCGUCAAAUGCUGUUUUUAUGGAGAAACUGGCCGACCGAAAAAUAUGUGCAGACAAGUACUGCUCAUACGUCAUCUCAGCAGCACAGGCUCUUGAGGACUACAUUGCCUCUGACUGUCGAUUCAUCAACCUGAAGAAAGGCCAGAUGAUAUAUGUUUAUUCUAAACUAAAGCCAGUAGAUGGUGCCGGAGUCUUCUGGUCUGGGAGUGUUUAUGGUCAGCACUAUGUGGAGCAGAUGGGUAUCAUUGGCUACUUCCCCAGUAACCAUGUUAACGAGACACAGAUUUUCACUGAGAAAACCAUUGAGAUGACCACAAAAGACAUGGACUUCUUCUGUAUUUAAAAAGGAGAGAGAGAAACUACAAUAAAAUGCUGGAUCCUGAU